CAUGAAUUUGUAAUUUGCAAUCUGUGGUGCGAACUGCGACAACGACAAAAAAAAAUGGUUUUGCGAUGACAGAUUUUCUGAAUUUCUUAAACAUUUUCACUGAGGAAUACUGUGAUAUCUUUUUACUGUAACGUUUAAUUGUCAUGAAAUCGUUUUGUGAGAGAUGAGUGUCUUCGGGGAUUUUCAACGUGUGUGGGUGCAACGUUUUCCUGAGAGUACUCUACCAGCCGCUUGGGAGGAAGAUGUAAGAGCCAAUUUGGCUAAACAUAAACAGAAAGUAGCUAUCCUUAGGGAGGAGUUGGAAAAGGAAGAGUUUUAUGUGGAAUAUUUAGAAACUCUACUGUCCGACGUCGAGAAGCACAAAGCAGUCCAAGGAAGUAGAACGGAGCCGCCCUCGGGGACUGACACGAAUGAUGAUAAGGCAUCUGAUAGCAAGCAGGACUGUGACUCACUAUCGAAGAAAAGUGAAGCAAGUUUAAAGAGUGAUGACUCAAUUGAACCUUUGGAAUGUGAAGAAGAAAAAGUCCAUUUGAGAAGUAAACCUGUAAACUUUGCCGAGAGGAGCUCUGUGAAUCAGUGUAUAAACGAACUGUCCUCAAACAUAGCAGCGGAGGCUGCCCGUAAAAGAUGCAAUAGUGAAAUUGUACAACGGACUGAUAUUGCUAAUAAUGUAGAUGUAGAAACAACAAAUAAAAUACAAAAUAGAACCCGUCCAGCAUCACAAGCAGGUGAUUUUGUAACAGUUAUUGAAGUCAAUGGCUUGAAAGCUGCAGAGAAUGCGGCCAAGAAGUCAGAUGAUUCUCCACAAUCAUCAGAGAGUAGUUCUGCGGAGACAACAUCUGCUUCUAAAAAGAAAGUGCCACCAAAGCCACCACCAAAAGUGUUCAACAAAAGAGGUGCAUCAUUACCUGAAACAGGUCUGGUGGAUGACAGUCCACCUUCAUCCCUUACACGGAGACUUCGUAACGCGGAGUCACGGGAAUCCAUUGGUAGUCGGGCGUCCACACCAUCCAUAAGUGAAAGAGUAAAAAGUUACGAAUCAAUUAACUCGCUAUCGUCUGAGCGUAAACGGUCGGGUGGUGCGGCGACUCCUAGAUCUAUUGACGAAGAAGUGACGUCUACAACUCCCGACCUGCCCGAAGCAUCGGACGACAAGUCGGCCCCUAUAUCAUUGGAGAGCUUACCGGCGGCCGUCCCAUCGGCUGAAGACGAACCUUACUACGAUCAAGUACCUGUCGACAUUAAUGACGGAGAAUAUGUUUACAUACAAGCAGGAGGCGCAGGCUCGAGUACCGAGGACGGGUCGAGCGGUACGAGCACGCUGCCUCUCAGCUGCACUGCGUCCGCGCCGCCCGCUCCCGACUCACCGCUGUGCGCCACCGCGCCCAACUACGUCAACAUACACUACUUCAUACAGCAAGCGGGCGAAGGCACGGAACCAAGCGAGACAAGCUCCGAGCUGGCCGACUCGAGUGACACGCCGCUGCUGCUGCGGACUAUAUCUUCGGACACAGAGGCCGGCGCGACCCCACCUGUUUUGAGAAAACUUCAACAUCAGGAAUCCAAUAUAAGUAACAAUGCAGAGGCCGAGCGUCUCACAAUGCAUCGAUGUAUCGUCACGAGUAUCAUAGAAAGCGAAACCGUCUAUGUGGAAUGUCUCUAUGUCAUGGAGAAGUACAUGAAUGCAAUCAAAGCAACACUAUCGACAUCUCAACCUGUGAUCACUGAAGAAGAAUUUGGGACAAUAUUCUACAAGAUAUCGGAGCUGCACGAACUUCACAAGAACUUCCUCGAGGGUCUGAAAAAUGCAGUCGCAAGUUGGGAAGAGCCUCUGUCUGUUGGCAUUCAUUUCAAAAAGAUGGCGGAAAACAUUAACGUGUACGGCGCGUUCCUGCACAACUACGGGCGGGCGACGGACGCGGUGCGGAGACGCUGUGCGAGCUCGCAGCGCUUCUCCGACCUGACGCGCGAGAUCGCGUGUCGCGGGCAGCCCGUGUCGCUCGACGACUUGCUGCACAAACCCGUCGCGCGAGUGCAGAAAAACGCGCUCGUCUUACAUGAUCUCAUCAAAUACACUCCGGCCAGUCACCCCGACCACGCGAUGUUGACGGAGGCGCUAAACAUGACGCAGCAUUUCCUCGACGAGUUCAAUAUUAUACAAACAAAAUCUAUGUUCCCGAAUGCUGACCGUGCACAAAGGAGGCUCGUUAAAAACUCUUUCAUUGUGGAAUUGUCAGAUGGACAUCGUAAACUGAGACACCUGUUCCUCUUCAAUGACGUCAUAGCCUGUGCCAAAUACAAGGCAUCCGGUAGAGACAAGUUCACUUUUGAAUUGAAGUGGUUCAUCCCACUGCCGGACAUAGUGGUUGUGGAGGACGAAGGCGCGAGCGGCGCGGCCGAGCGGGAGACUUCGCCGGCCAACAUCGUGGCGCUCAAGUCGCAGGCCUGCACCGUGCGGGACGUCAUACUCGCGGAGGAGCGAGCGGCGCAAGAUGAUAAGAAAAUAAGACUAGGCGGUCGCGGCGCAGCGGAGAAGCAGCGAAAGAAGCUGGCUGAGCUGGAGGGACAGCUUGUACUGGCGUCGCCCAACCUGGUGUUCCGCGUGGGAGCGCGCGCGCCCGGCUCCGCGGCGCUGCAGCGCCAGCACGUGUUCUUCCUCAGCUCGGAGUACGAGCGCACGCAGUGGAUCGACUCCAUACAUGCUCUACAGGCAUCAUCAGCCCCGCCCGCCGGCACUAAUACCGUGUCGAUGCUAGAGCUGCAGAGUUGGGUCACUGCGUGCCGAAGCUAUUUACAGACGGACAUGGGCUCGUAUCUACUCCGGAGUGGGAGGGAUGACUCUCUCCUCUUAGGGGACCUGCAGCUGCAUAUUGGAGGCAUGACCGCGCCUUUGGACACUGCUGCAGAUUACUAUAUAGUGGUUGAAGUGGACUCAUACGGCCACUACUUCCGCAAGGCCAAGUCGAAGCUGGUCUGCCGCAGCGCACAGCCGCGCUGGAACGAGAGCUUCACACUCGACCUCGAGGGCUCGCAGAACUUGCGGCUGCUGUUGUACGAAGACGCGGCGCGGCCCGUGUUGAGAGGGAAGUGUACGCUUAAGUUAUCGCGUGAUUGGGUGGGCGACAGCGUGUCGCGCACGGUGUGCGUGGGCGGCGGCUCGUUGCCGCUGCGCGUGCGCGUGCUGCCGCCCGAGCGCUCGGCGAGACACGUGCCCAGCGCCAAGCCCGGCGCGCUGUUCGGUGCCAAGAUCACGCAUGUCGCCAAACGUGAGAAACGCACCAUCCCGUUCAUAAUAAGCGCGUGCGUGCGCGAGGUGGAGCGGCGCGGCAUCGGCGAGGUGGGCAUCUACAGAGUGUCCGGCAGCGCGUCCGACCUCAACCGCCUCAAGAAGAGCUUCGAGACCAAUGCCUAUGAAGCAGAGCAGCUGUUAAAGGAGGUCGACGUUCACUCUGUCACUGGAGUUUUGAAACUGUACUUACGUGAACUGCCCGAAGCGUUGUUCACCGACGCGCUGUACCCAGAGCUACUGCGUGCGUGGGGCACGUCGCACGGUGGAGGAGCAUCGGGAGACUCGGGUCCUGCGCACACGAGGCGACACGCACUACUCAAAUGCUACGCACAACUGCCAGAUCUCAAUAAGAAUUGUAUCGACUUUCUACUUAAUCAUUUUGUCAAGGUGAACCAGCACGAAAGCGAGAACAAGAUGUCGUUACACAACCUGGCGACGGUGUUCGGACCCACGCUGCUGCGGCCCAGCGCCCAGGGCGGCAAGCUGCGCGCCGACCAGCUGGCGGCCGGCACCGUGGACGCCAUGGCGCAGGCCGGCAUCCUCUACACGCUGCUGCAGCAGCGCCACCUCGCGCAGCAGCUGUCCGCGCACCGCCCGCACGCAGGCAACGCCCCGCAGCUAUUGGACUGAUCGUCCCCGACACCCCCAAUACACUACUCGCGAACUUAAUCGAACGAUAGUGUAGACACUCAGACUAAUUACAUAAGGACCUGCCUCGCUAGAAGUUACCCUUCUACGAUUGAAAAUUCAAUUCAAUUUAUUUAUUUGCAUUUUUUAUUUAUUGAGAAAAAAUACAAUCUGGAACUUAAGAUAACUUAUCCUAAUAACUAUACAAAUCAUGCCCACGUGGAAUGGUGGCAAGAAUACUGGCUGCAUUUCCGCGCUCGACAGCCAGGCAUCCUUUGCGCAAAAAAUGAGCCAGGCCUUCUUUAUUUGCAAAUUGUAUAGUUACAUUAGCUGGUAGUGACAAUAAAUGUUGAAGUUCAUUAUAUAAUUCGCCAUAUACCUACUGGCAUGCAAAUUUCUUACUUAAACACUAGUUUUGUAAUCAAAAUUAAUAUAAAAUUUUUAACACAACUAUAUUUAUUUAUGUAAUUAUAAUCAAAUUCAAAAGUAUUCUUUAUAGAGAUUCAAUGAUCUAACGCGUUUUUAAAAACUGUUGUUAUAAAAUGUCCCUAGCUAAAAAUGGCUGUUUGUGUAUUUAAAUGGCACAAAACAGUCAACUUCUAGUAUACUAAAAAAUAAAAUUACUUUUCAUUUGUGCGUAAUUCGAAGUUUAUUAUAUCAAAUUUGUAAUUAAAGCAAUAUCUAAAAAGAAUCGAUUCAGUCGGAACAAAACGUCAUCAAAUAAUCAAACAUUUUGUGCAAAGAGUCUAAGCAAUUACACGUGUGUGUAUUGCGAAUUAAAUGUAUAGUGCGUGUAGUUUAUCGACAUAAAAUAUUACAGUGGUGUUGAAAAUUUGAGUCAGUUUACUUCGUCCCCUUCAAAAAAUUACAUACAUUUUUGUUGGCGAAUUUGGGUGCGAUACAGGUCCAUAAGUAAUUGGUCUGAGUUUAGAUACAACUUCGUGGAACUUCCGAUUGUUGUCGUUUUUUGACACAAGACAAAUAACGCGAUCCGAGGUUCGAACACGAAGCGCCUCGCUUCACUCUUCGGCUCAUCUCAGGAUUUCGUCGAAGCGUUGAAGCGAGUAGUGUAUUUGAGGCUUAACAUUGAACAAUUUCAAUUAUUUCGUUUGGAGUUACGACUACCUCUCACGCACUGGCAACACAUACGCAGCUUUUGGACUUAUUAUCCCUAAUGUUGAACAAAAAUUGCUUGUAAAAAGUAAAUAAAGUUAAUUAGUUACUUUACUAUUGUGAAAUCAAAAAUUUUAUUAAUUUGUUUUGACAUGCAGCUACAGCCAUGCCUUAGCGGUCGGUAUAGCCUAUCUUAAAUCUAUAGUCAUCUCAUCUGCAACCUGACAAUAAGAAUUAAGAAAAUACUAAAAUAUACUAAAGAAAAGCUGGAAAUAUUCUCGGUACAACAGCGUCAUCUAACAAUGUUUAUUUUUGGUUUAUACCUCCUUGACCUAACGGUCGGAUUCAAAUGCAGAUUCAGAUUUAAAUUCAGAUUUCAGAUUUAAAUGCAUCAUUGACUUUAUUUGGUCUAAGAAGUUUGAGCAAGUUUUGAUAUUCUCAGGUGGUAAACAGGAUAUAACGAUGCAGGUUUCUAUAUAGUAGAAGUUCCGAUUUAGAAACGACCUUCACCCAUCUGUUUAAUGGAUGAAAAGUGUUUUAUAUCAAAUUUAGUUUGUAAAAAAAUAUAUUACGAGUAGGUUGCCAAAAAAUUUUCUGGCCAAACUAUUAUUAACCAUUAUUAACUAUCAUUAAAAGGCUAGGAGUUUUUGACUCAACCUACUCGCUAUAUAUUUUUUAACAUACUACUGAUAUAAAACACUUUUCCUUCAUUAAACGGGUGAAGGUCGUUCUUAAUUCGUUUAAUACCACUUUUUGCUCGGGUGUACACUGUACAAGCCGAGCAAAAACUCACACUCCCCUCUCACAUCCCCCUCCCCCCCCCCGCACCUCUUUCGCUUCCCUAUGUCACCAUACUGACCGCACUCCUGUACCGGUUGAGGACUCGGUAAUGUCACUUGAUAGCGCUGAAGUACUUUUACUUGGGCACUGCAGUUAUUAUUAAUUUAUGCUCAGGGAUUGACCUAAAACAUCGAACAUUUUUUAGGUCUUUUUUUGGUAUUGGAAUUACAAUUCUUAUAGCCAUAAAUCGUAAAAAACUUAUGUAAAAAAAAUUAUGCAAUGUAUUAUGUAAUUUACAUUUUAUUUAUUGUGCAUCUAUAUAGGUUAGGUUAAAACUUUUUGUAUUUUUUAUUUUAAAAGCUCAGUCACAAACUAUCAAAGUAUGUCUAAAAUAUUAAAUCAGCAAUCGAAAACUAUUUGCAAAAAAAACUGUCUUCGCCAUGAGACUUCCACAGUUGCCACUUAACUAGUAUUAUUUCCAGUCUAUUAAACUGGUAAUAUUUAUAAUAUAGUAAUUUAGUGUUCAUUUUUAUAAGAAGAAUGUUGAUGUAUUAAUUUUUGUAACUGUAUUGCGAAGCGGGCGCAAACUUUCGAGUGCGAUUUUUAUAAAUUUUUUAUAUACAACAUUGUAUUACUAUAAAUACAAUUUAGCAUGCCUUAUACAUUUUGCAAUCCAUGUAGAAAAGCAUUCCAUAUGAAUAAAACAGACUGAAUAUUUGUUAGGAGUUAUAAUUUGCACAAACCUUAGCGAGUUAGUCUUAAUUAUUGGGUAAUAUCAAUCUCAUGAAUUGCAUAUAUUUUAAAAAGACAUUAAUGGAAUUUUGUAAAACUUCAUCUUGCUAGAGCACACGACAAUACAUUUCCAUGUUGUUAAAUGGUAAGAGUCAUUACAGCCAACCUGAACCAGACCAGCACCAACUUGUCAUUUAAUGUCCACUCAUUGGCAAUCAGUGGUGUGCAUAUGCAGUGGGCUUUAAACUAGAGUAGGCAUUAUACAUUUUUUUUUUAUAAAAGAAUAUUUGCCAUAUCUUUUUUUUGCCAAUUUGAUCAAUAUUCCCAUUUUUCCCCCUAACUACUCGGGAAAGACUGUAUUAGGAGUGGGUACAACAAUAGAUUAACGGGGCAGGGAUCGAACCACCACCCCUUGAUGAUGAGUCCGACCGCUCUUACCGUUGAGCUAUUUAGGCUAUUAAAAAAAAAUUACAACUGUAAAAUUCUCAGGCAGUGCAAUUUUGCAUCUAUUAAAUACACAUCACUGUUUGCAAUGACAGUCACAGUAAGGCAAGCAUGCGAGCAGACUCGCAGGCACAGUUCGCGAACUAGGCGAUUUGGUUAACUUUUGUAUGUGAAAUGCACUCUUCCAAAAUGUCCGCAGGUAAUAUUAAGUAGGUUUGUAUAUUAAAAUAUUGUCAUGUGGUCUUAGUAGCUUAAUGUGUGAUCAUUAAAAUCAACAAGUCCGUUGUAUGGUAUAUUAAAACUUAAAAUUAUGAUAAAUAUAACUUUUUAUAUAGGGUUUUUAAAAUCUGACAUUUCAGAUAGUAUAUAUUCGAAUUGAAAAUUUAUAUUUCUUUAAAACAUUAUUUGCAUCAUAAAUUCAAGAUUUUUUAUAAUAUUCUGGGUCUUUAGCCAAGUUAACACAUCUAUUCUGUUUCUACAAACGCUGUCUAUUCGAAAACUAAAAUAAGUAUGGGGAUGACAUUUGUUAUAGGUCACAUGAUUAAUAAAUCAAUCUGAUAUUUAUUUCAAUGCAUUUUUAGUUUUCAAAGCGUUAUUGUUUGUAAUAGAAUUUAUGUGUAUCUUGGAUAAAGAAAAGACAUUAGAACAUUUGAUCCAUAUUGCCAUACAAAAAUCAUUCCAAUAGUAUGCCUCAUACAAAGCAAACGACUAUGGUUUUAAUAAAGUCAAGUCAUAACCCUUCCAUACAUCAUUUACAAAUGAUAAAUUGUUGUGAAGCCAUUGCAUUGAUAAAAAAAAGACUUUGGUUUGAUUGUGAUUAAGACAUUUUAUUUGCAAUUCCUUAAGUAUUAAAAAGGGACCGAAAAUGUAAAAAAAAAUCUUUAGCUUAAUACAAUGGACUGAUAAUAAUAACUUAUAGAUAACUUUUGUGUUAUUUUCAAAAAAUCUUAAAAUUUAAUAAUCUAUACUAAUAUUAUAAAGAGGUAAAGUUUGUAAGUUUGUAAGUUUGUCACAUUUUUUAAAUGGGGUAAUCUUCGGAACUACUGGUCCGAUUUUAAAAAUUCUUUCAACAGUAGAAUGCUACAUUAUCGGGGAGUGCUAUAGGCUAUAUUUUAUAUUGGUAUCAUAUAUUUUAGCCGAGUUAUCACAGUUUUUGUCAUAUAGGUCGGACUGAAAAUCCUCUUAAACAGACUUAUUCGCAUGCGCUGCCUUAACUAUUGUGUAAAAUUGAAAUUAAUGUACAGAGACUUUAUGUAUCUUUAAAAGUUCUACAAAAAAGUCCGCGACACCAUAUAUCUAUCUUCUAUAUAUUAGCAGAUAUAGUACCUUUUGUGUUUUAAAAAUUAUUAAUUUUAUAUACUUAGGUUUACGUCAUUAUUUAUUCAACUAAACUUUAAUCCUUAUUAAAAUAAAUUAUUUAAUAAUCACAAGGAUAUUAUGGAGAUAAGAUUUGCCGUUUACAGUAUGUUAAUUACUUAAAUAGUUUCGGAUAUAUUACAAAAUUUCUAAAAGACGCAGAAAUUCCGCUAUAUGACGCCCGGCGCUGUCAUUUACGUAGUUCCCGUUCCCGUGUGAAUAUGGGGAUCAAACAUAGCCUAUGACACUCGCAAAUAACGUAGCUUUCUAUUGGUAAAACAAUUUUCCAAAUCGGUCCAGUAGAUCCAGAGAUUACCUCCUACAACCACACGAACUUUACCUCUUUAUAUUAUUAGCAUAGAAGUCUCUAUUUCUCUUGGUCAUACCACCACUCUCGAAGGACUGAACCGAUUUUGCUAAGGGUAGGAGUAAGAUAGAAAAGUUACAGGGUAGGGUAGGGUACAGGUAGGGAAGCGUAGGGGUAGUGUAGGGGUAGGGUAGGUUUAGGGCUGGGUUUAGGGUAGUGGUAGGGUAGGGGUAGAGGUAGGGUAGUGGUAGGGUAGAGGUACGGGUAGGAUAGGGAAGUGGUAGGGAAGGGGUAGGAUAGGCGUGAGAUAGGGGUACGGGUGGGAUAGGGGUAGGAAAGGGAUAGGGUACGGGGAGGGUAGGGGUAGGAUGGGAGUAGAGGUAGGAUGGGGGUAGGGUGUAGGUAAGGUAGGGGUAGGUUUGGGGUAGGGUGGGGGUAGGGGUAGGGUAGGGUAGGGGUAGGGUAGAUGUAGGAGUUGGGUAGGGUAGGGUUGGGGUAGUGGUAGGGUAGGGGUAGGGUAGGGUAGGGGUAGUAGUAAAGUUGACAUCGAAAUUUACGCGGACGAAGUCGCGGGCGUCCGCUAGUAUUGUAUAAAAAAUGGAAUGCAUCAAUUAAAAUGUGUAUAAAAAAUUUAGUAAUGCUAUUAUUGGACUGUAUUAAAUAAUGCAGCAUUUAAAUUGCUAGUCGUGCAUAUUAAAUAUUUUAGAAUUAUAAUUGUUUACCAGCAAAUUUUUUGUCUAAACAUAUAAAAAAACUGAUGCUAGUUUACAGAUAUUCUUAAGUGUUUCUACAAGUAGUAUUUAAUAAUGUUAAUUUAGUACUUAAUAAGAAAACAAACUACCAAAAACAAAAGUUCUUGAACAAAGUUAUGUUUCAUUUAAAGUUAUAAUGAUUUUGUUGAUUUCAUUAACACUAUUACUUAUAUUCUGUUUAAUUUGUUAAUAAUAUAUUUGUCACUUAGGAUAUAAAAAUAUCUUUAUAAUUAAUUAUAAUAUUAUUACUUGUCUUAUUCAUAUUUUCGUUCUCACCAAAGAUCACUUCUUUAAUGACAUGCUUUUAAUUAUUAUAAUCACAAAACUAUAAUUUUACAUGAAAGAAAGAAUUGAAAGAAUUGGAUUUAACCAUCUAGUAUGUCUACACUAACAUAAUAUAGUGGACGAGUUUGUUUGUUAAAUUAAGCGCGUUAAUCUCCAGAACUACAAGUUAGAUUGACUAAAAUAUUUUUGUUUGUCACAGACAAACCGUAGCGUAGCAAGGCGUGGGCGAAGUGGACGGCCACAAAGCACCGGGCGAUUACGCGAGGCCACAAAAUUUACCACUAAUAAUAUUAGUAUAGAUGAUAUUCUCUUUCAGCACAUUUACAUUUCUUCCACUAUCAUGCAAAUAUUAUAUUAAUUGUAUUAUUGAUACAGCCGUGAUAGCCCAGUGGAUAUGACCUCUGCCUUCGAUUUGGAGGACGUAGUUUCGAAUCUGAUCCGGGGCAUGCACCUCCAACUUUUCAGUUAUGUGCAUUUUAAGAAAAUAAAUAUCAUGUGCCUCAAAUGAUGAAGGAAAACAUCGUUUUUUUGUUUAAUAGUGAGCUGAAUAUGGGUUGUUAAUGAUGAUUAUUGAUAUAAACGGCUUUAAUUAAUAAAACACUACAUGUAUCUAAAGGAAAAUUUUUCGUUACUUUGAUACUCAUUCAAACAGAAAAGAACCAUUUUGGGCAAAUGAGAACCUGCUCUAGUUUUUCGUUGGUUAAAAAAGAGGUCUCGCAGAUGCAUCGUUGCCCACGCCUGGAUUUGUACACGCUACGCCACUGCAGACAAAUUUAUGUUAUAUACAAUGUAAUAUAUAAACUAUCUAGCAAUAUGCUGAACUUGCACCUCUCAGAUAGCCCUAAAUGAUUUGAAUGAAUCUUGAAAGAAUGAUGAUAAAGGAGGAGGUUCUAUGUUUGUUUGUAUAUUUUUAUUUUGCUCUAGCGGAUGCCCAUGACUUUGAACACAUGCAAAAAAAUGUUGAAAAUGACGUCUUGAUUCACUAUAUAAUGAUAAAACUGCAUUCGGGUGGUGUUAAACUAUGCAAUCUUAUAAACUACAGAUCUAAGCAUAAAACGGGGUGUGUCUACUUGAUUGUACAUUGCUAUACUUCAUACUAAAGUAACUAUAAGAAUAUUUGCUAGAUAAUAUUGACAGGAAUUCUAAAGCGGAUCAUGUAAACGCUAGAGGUAGCACAUAAUAUUCCCAAUGAUGGGAAUUCCCAAUGCUAGAUAGUAUAAGUACAUGAAUUACACACAAACUGAAUGAAUCCUACACAAAGCAAAUCAACUAUUAUUUUGUUACAUAAUAAUACUAUUGUUAUAAUUCAUAUUUAUUUUUAAUCUAAACCCAUUCACACUCUUUAAAAAUAAUGGUUAAGGGAGGUCACAGAAGUUUUUAUUAGAUUAGAAUAAAAUAGUUCACCAACAACAUUUUUCUAUAUAUGUAUAAUUGUGUUGUUUAAUUAUCAUAAAAGUUUAUGAUUUAAGAUUAUUUAUACAGUAUGUUUUUGUAUCUUAAAGCAUUUUAUUUGAAUAGUAGUAUAUUGUAAAGGUAGGUAUUAGUAAUUAAAUUCAAAAUAAUUGAUUUUUUUGCUAUUAUUUUUAAUUAAAAUCAAUGCAUUUGUGUUGUAUUAUUAAGAUUCUUAUUUCAAUUAUUAUUCUUUUGAAAGACUCUGCACUGUUAGAUGAAUUCUGCUACUUCUGAUAUUAUUUAAAUAUUCAUUUUGUUUAGUAUGUAAUAAUAUAAACAUAAGUCCUAGAACCAUUUCCCAUGUGUAGAGCCACAACCCACAUAAUAUGCUCUUAAGCCUUUUAUAAAAAUAUAUCACUUGGUAAUGAUUUUGUGCAUCAACAUUCAUUUAUCUAUAAUUUUCCAAGAACACUUUUUGUUUAGUUGUAUUUAAUUUUUGUAUAUAAAUGAUACUAAAUGUAGUUAUAAACCUUUCACAAUAAAAUGUAUUUUUAAUACACCUUUAAAAA